UCGGCACGGAACAUCCUGCCUGGGUGCCUCGUGAGCGGCGAGGGGGGAGGAGAUAGCGACGAGGAGAGAGAGAAAGAAAGAAAGAAAGAAAGAAAAGAGGGAGGGAGGAAAGGAAGAGAGGAAGACACAAGACGGCCGGAGGGGCGGCGAGACGAGCCGGGGCGAAGGGAGACAGAGGCGGCCUGGAAGUAUAGCGAGGAGGUGGGAGACCUUCUCCCCCUUCUUUGUGUGCGUGGAUUCGAACCCUUCCCCCCCCCCUCCCCGGGGGCGGCGGCGCGGGGCGCGCUCUGGAAGUCGAAGCCCGGACGGCUCGGACGACCACCGACCGGGAGGCUGCGGCCGCGCACCGGCGAGCGAGCAUGAGGCUGCCCGCCGACCUGCUGCUGCUGCUGCUGCUGCUGCUGCUGGCGGCGGCCGCUCACGUCGCCGCGGGACAGACGUGGUCGCCCGUCGAUGACGAAGGCUCCACGGCCGACGACUUCUACGACGAUGACGACCUCUACUCGGGCUCCGGCUCUGGAUUUCCCGACGGCAGCGUGAAAGCGACGUCGCCGUCCUCGUCCUUCACCACGGAGGAUCCCGUACCGAUGUCCACCACGCAGGCCACCGGCCCCGCCCCUUCGGCCGCACCGGCGGCCGAGCCCAGCGCCGACCCGGACCCCGCCGUCACGGUGACCGCGGCCCCUUCCACCGCCGCCUCCGUCGCCACCGCCGCCACUCUCCUCCCCACGGAAACGGACGGCGAAAGCGGCGCCUUCUGGGAAAUGGAGUUGGAGAAGGAGAAGCAGCUGGAGCGGGAACGAGAACGCGAGCGGGAGCGGGAACGGGAACGCGAGCGGGUCCGGGAGAUGGAGCGCCAACGGGAGCGCGAGCGCGAGAAAGAACGGGAGCGCGAACGGGAACGCCAACGAGAGCGGGAGAGGGAGCGCGAGCUGGAGCGCUUACGGGCCGCCGCCGCCCGAACAACCGCCGCCCCCAAAACCUCACCCCCCGUCGCCGUGGUGACAACCACAACGCCCGCUGAAGAAGACGAAGAAGAAGAAGAAGAAGAGGAGGACGUGUACCUGUCGCCUGAGCCCACGUCGCCCUACCCCGGGUCGGACGCCACCGCGAAGGAGGAGUCCUCCACCGCCCCGCCCGUGACCACCACCCGGCCCACCACCAUCAAGACCAGGUUCGGGCCCCGGGUUCCCCAGGCAUCCACCACGCUGAGGGCGCCCACGGAGAGAAGCACACGCCCGCCACCGCCGCCGCCGCCGACCACCACACAGGCACGCACGGAGGAGGGCAACAACGAGCUGGCCGCGGCGGGGCCCAGCGGGGACUUCGAGAUCCGCGAGGACCAGCGCAACGACCUGGGCCGGGGCCUGGCGCCGGAGGAUCCGGACCUGCUCGGCAACACGGUGGACGGCGGCAGCUCGGCCGCGCAGCUCCCGCAGAAGAACAUCCUGGAAAGGAAGGAAGUCCUGAUAGCGGUCAUCGUCGGCGGCGUGGUGGGCGCCCUCUUCGCCGCCUUCCUGGUCAUGCUGCUGGUGUAUCGCAUGAAGAAAAAGGACGAGGGCAGCUACACGCUGGAGGAGCCCAAGCAGGCCACCGUCACCUACCAGAAGCCGGACAAGCAGGAGGAGUUUUACGCGUGAGGCGCCGGCGCCGCGCCGAACCUCGCCGAAACCUCCUCUUCCUCUUCCUCUUCCUCUGCAUCGCUUUCCAUCCCCCCACCCUCAUCUUCUUCCUCUCGUCUGCCAACCGCGAGAGCGCCUUUUUGCGGACUCUGAACUUUCUUUUCAGUGAAAGUGUAGAAAAAAAGGGACGGGGGAAAAACAAAAUAUUCUUUGGAGAAAAAAAAAAAAAAACAUGCUUUUUUUUUUUCAAUGUUAUUAAUAUUCUCUUGUUCUGUACGUGACGACGAUAUGAUUAUUUUGUAAGGAAAAACAUCACAACUAAACACAUU